GGAAACAGACAGGAAGGAGUUCACUUUUGCCGCGAACUUACCUCCAGCGUCUUUGUGAGCCGAAGUUAGUCGUUCAUAUUGUUUUUUUUCUUAGAAUAAGCUAAGACAGAAACACACUUUCUGCAACAUGUCCAACUUUGACGACCCGGGAGUGUACUACAGCGACAGCUUCGGAGGCGGAGAAGGACCCGGACAAGAUGACGGAGGACUGAAAAGGAUCCAAAUCAAGAAAAGAUUCCGCGAGUUUCUUCGACAAUUCCGAGUAGGAACCGACCGUACCGGCUUCACGUACAAAUACAGAGAUGAGCUGAAGAGACACUACACCUUGGGGGAGUACUGGGUGGAGGUGGAGAUGGAGGACCUUGCCAGCUUUGACGAGGAUCUGUCCGACUGCCUUUACAAGAUGCCUACAGACAACCUGCCACUGUUGGAGGAGGCUGCAAAAGAGGUAGCUGAUGAGGUGACUCGUCCUCGGCCAGCCGGCGAGGAAAUGGUGCAGGACGUCCAGGUCAUGCUAAAGAGUGACGCGCAUCACGCUUCCAUUCGCAACCUGAAGUCCGAGCAGGUUUCCCGCCUGGUGAAAGUGCACGGCAUCAUCAUCUCGGCGACGGGAGUGAAGGCGAAGGCCACCAAGGUGUGUCUGCAGUGUCGCGGCUGUCGCCACGUCAUCAACAACAUCUCACUGCCGCCGGGCCUGCAGGGCUACGCUCUUCCACGCAAGUGCAACAACGACGGUGCUGCCGGACGGGCUAAGUGCCCCGUGGACCCCUUCUUCAUCAUCCCGGACCGCUGCGUGUGCGUUGACUUCCAAACGCUGCGCCUGCAAGAGUCUCCGGAUGCUGUACCGCACGGAGAGAUGCCCCGCCACCUGCAGCUCUACUGUGACAGGUACUUGUGUGACCGCGUGGUCCCGGGCAACCGAGUGACCAUCAUGGGUAUCUACUCCAUCAAGAAGAUGGCCGCUGCGAAGACCAAAGGCAAAGAGAAAAGUGUCGGCGUGGGGAUUCGAGCAUCCUACCUAAGAGUGGUCGGCAUCCAGGUGGACACAGAAGGGGCAGGUCGAGGGGCCACCGGCUCCGUGUCCCCACAGGAAGAGGAGGAGCUGAGGACGUUGGCCACGUCUCCGGAUAUUUACGCCUCGCUGGCUCGAUCUGUGGCUCCCUCCAUCUACGGCAGCGAGGAUCUCAAAAAGGCCAUCGCCUGUCUGCUGUUCGGAGGUUCCAGGAAGCGGCUGCCUGAUGGUCUCACCCGCAGAGGAGACAUCAACUUGCUCAUGCUUGGAGAUCCUGGCACAGCCAAGUCUCAGCUGCUCAAGUUUGUGGAGAGGUGCUCACCCAUUGGGGUUUACACCUCAGGAAAGGGCAGCAGUGCGGCUGGUUUGACCGCCUCGGUCAUGAGGGACCCGGCCACGCGGGGGUUCAUCAUGGAGGGCGGCGCCAUGGUGCUGGCUGACGGCGGCGUUGUCUGCAUCGAUGAGUUUGACAAGAUGCGAGAAGAUGACCGAGUGGCCAUCCAUGAGGCCAUGGAGCAACAGACCAUCUCCAUCGCCAAGGCUGGCAUCACUACCACUCUCAACUCUCGCUGCUCCGUGCUGGCUGCUGCCAACUCUGUGUUUGGUCGCUGGGACGACACCAAGGGGGAGGACAACAUCGACUUCAUGCCCACCAUCUUGUCCCGAUUCGACACCAUCUUCAUCAUCAAAGAUCAUCAUGACCAGCAGAGGGACAUGACGUUGGCUCGCCACGUGAUGAACGUUCACCUCAGCGCUCAUACGCAGACGGAAGGUGUCGAGGGCGAGAUCCCGCUGGCCACCUUUAAGAAAUACAUUGCCUUCGCCAGGGCUAAAUGUGGCCCUCGUCUCUCUGCUGCCGCCGCCGAGAAGCUGAAGAACCGAUACGUGCUGAUGAGGAGCGGCGCCAGAGAGCACGAGAGAGAGAGCAACAAAAGACCCACCAUCCCCAUCACUGUCAGGCAGCUGGAGGCUGUGGUGCGCAUCGCAGAAUCCCUGGCCAAGAUGAAGCUGCAGGCCGUGGCUGGAGAGGAGGAGGUGGAUGAGGCCCUCAGACUCUUUCAGGUCUCCACUCUGGAUGCCGCUUUGUCUGGCAGCCUUUCGGGUGUGGAGGGCUUCACCUCUCAAGAAGACCAGGAAAUGAUCUCCCGCAUUGAGAAGCAGCUGAAGAGACGCUUUGCUAUCGGUUCCCAGGUGUCCGAGCACAGCAUCAUCCAGGACUUCAGCAAACAGAAAUACCCCGAACACGCCAUCUUCAAGGUGGUCCAUCUGAUGUUGAGAAGAGGCGAGCUGCAGCACCGCAUGCAAAGAAAAGUUCUCUACAGAGUCAAGUAGACUAGAAAAUAUUGUUGCUGUAAAUACUUCUUGUCUGCAUGCAUCUUAGCCAGUCAACAAUCUUACGGUGAAUUCUUCUUAGCUUCACUUUAAAAAUUGUUAAGAGUGUGACUGUUGCCAUGGCAACGAUGCUUUGUACCACCAAAAUAUGUUUUCAGAAAUGUGCCUAACCUGUAAAAAAAAAUCAUGAAUAAAACGUUUGGCAGUGAUAA